AUGAAUGACAAUCACAACAGUGGAGAUAAUAAUCAUAGUUCUGAUUUAUCAAGUACACAUUCUGAUCCGGUUACAGUCAAUGAAUUUCAUUCAGUUAUUGAUGGCUGUUAUGAGAGCACAAAAAGUGAUAUAGACGAGAUAUCAUUUUUACCUAAUAAAAAAUCAUAUGUUCCAGGGUCUUCAUCGAUAAUGGAUUCAUCUUCAAAUAAUAAACUGAAAAAUCUUCAAUCUUCUAAAGCUUGUUUAUACAGAGGGCAAAAGGCAUCGAAUUAG